AUGGAAGGAUCCAUCCCCGGGGCAGGUACCAGGCUGAUUCUCCUCUGCUGCUGUCUCCUGAGCUCUGGCUGGGCUUUGGUUGACCCUGAUGAUGUUCUCACCAAAGAAGAGCAGAUCUACCUCUUGGUGGAAGCCAAGGAGAAAUGUCAGAGAGAUAUCAAAGCCCAGCUGGAGAAGAUCAAAGACACCAGCUGCCUUCCAGAGUGGGAUGGGAUUAUCUGCUGGCCCAAGGGCUUCCCCAGCCAGGAGGUGUCAGUCCCCUGCCCCGACUACAUCUACGACUUCAACCACCAAGGUCAUGCCUACAGGUACUGCAGUGCUGAGGGGACCUGGGCCAUGGCUCUCAGCACCAACAAGACCUGGGCCAACUACACUGAAUGUGCUCUGCUCUUCUCCUCCGAGAGCCGCAGCCGCCAGAAGGAGGUGUUUGACCGCCUGCACCUGAUGUACACCGUUGGCUACUCCAUCUCCCUGGCCUCCCUCAUCGUUGCUGUCUGCAUCCUUUCCUAUUUCAAGCGCCUGCACUGCACACGCAACUACAUCCACGUCCACCUCUUCACCUCCUUCAUCUGCCGGGCUCUCAGCAUCUUCCUCAAGGACAUGGUGCUCUACUCAGGCAGUGAGACAAGCAAGAUGAGGGAGGAAGACUUCAAAGCAGGAAUGAGUCCCUCUCAAAGUCAACGGAGCCACUUGGUUGGCUGCAAGGUGGUGGUGACUCUCUUCCUCUAUUUCCUGGCCACCAACCACUACUGGAUCCUGGUGGAAGGUCUCUACCUGCACAGCCUGAUCUUCAUGGCCUUCCUCUCCAACAAGAACUACCUGUGGGUCCUCAUCAUCAUUGGCUGGGGUCUCCCUGCUGUGUUUGUGUCCAUCUGGGCCAGCGUCAGGGCUUCUCUGGCUGAUACACAGUGCUGGGACCUCAGUGCAGGGAACAUGAAGUGGAUUUAUCAAGUGCCCAUCUUGGCCUCCAUCGUGGUGAACUUCUUCCUCUUCCUCAACAUCGUGAGGGUGUUGGCCUCCAAGCUCUGGGAGACAACCACAGGGAAGCUGGACCCCAGGCAGCAGUACAGGCGACUGCUCAAGUCCACACUGGUGCUGAUGCCCCUUUUUGGGGUGCAUUACGUGGUGUUCAUGGCCAUGCCCUACACUGAUGUCUCUGGGGUGCUGUGGCAGAUCCAGAUGCAUUAUGAGAUGCUCUUCAACUCCUCUCAGGGUUUCUUUGUGGCUUUUAUCUACUGCUUUUGCAAUGGGGAGGUGCAGGCAGAGAUCAGGAAAGCCCGUUUCCGGAGGAGCCUGGCGCUGGACCUGAAGCAGAAAGCCCGCGGCAGCAGCGGGGCGGGGAGCUGCACCUCGCAGGGCACCAGCCUCCAGCCCAGCAGCAGCCUCGGCGGCAGCCUGGCAGGGCGAGGGGGCUGCCAGCAGCGGGGGCUGCCCCCGCCCGGCCCCUCCAGCCUCCCCGCGGCCGUGCAGGAGAGGAGGCACAAAGGCUGCGGGGUGGCCACGGUGGGUUUAGCAGCCCUGAGCCAGCCUCACCCCGACCUCACCCAGGAGCUGGAGACCACGCUGUGA